AUGAGCCCCUCUGGUAUGGUUGUACCUGCCAGCACGGCCUCAAUGGCUCCUUCUGUGCAUUGGAAGACCACAAAUCUCGAAUGCGCUCCUAGCCCUAAGUAUUUCCACAAUCACUCAUGUCGCCUUAAGGCAAUUAAUCGCUACAAAACGAUGGCAUUUAUGGAAACUUAUGUUAAAAACUCAUUAAGAAAUAUCUCUGUAAAUGUUGGAAUGUAUUAUCGCAAUGAUGUCAAUAUUUAUAAACCAUAUUUAGUUAAUUUUACCUCAAAUUUAUGCCAAUUUAUGGAUAGAAAAGUAUCUGGUCUUUAUAUAAAUGCUUUAAUGCGAAUUUUAAGAAAAUAUACUAACGUUAAUCACGAAUGUCCUUAUGAGGGUUAUUUAAUUGCCAAAAAUAUACAUGCGGAUAUAGAUCUUAUACCUCUACCACCAUUGCUGUCAAAAAAUUCUUAUAAAUUUCUUCUAAUUUUCUAUGAGGGUUAUCCCUACGACUACAUGGGUAGAGUUACAUUUUAUAUAGAUAUAAUUAAUACUAGAAAUUAA